UUUCAAUGAUGGGGAUUCUAGGAUGACGCUACUUGACUAAUUGGGCUUGAUUUGUAUAAAUGAGUGGACAUUCUGUAUUUCACCAAUAUGAAGGUCUUUCUAGAGGGGUCUUAAGUCCAGUUAAUUAUGUCAGAUGUCAACAAAUCAAUCAACACCUAGUCAAUAGACUAGGUUUAGAAACUAGCCUUCAGGGUCAUCAUGGUUGUGUUAACUGCUUAGAAUGGAACGAGCGUGGUUCCUAUCUUGCUAGUGGUUCAGAUGAUCGGCGUCUAAUUAUCUGGGAUCCAUUUGAACGUAAAUCUCUUUUAACAAUGAACACUGGUCAUAUGGCGAAUAUAUUUUCUGUUAAGUUCUUAUCUAGUCUAAAUGAGAAUCUGAUUGUAACGGGUGCAGCUGAUAACAAAAUUCGUGUACAUGACAUUAAAGCACUAGAAACUCGGCAUGUAUUUUCUUGUCAUUCAGGUCGCGUUAAACGAUUGGCGAAUACUCCGUCUGAACCAUUCUUAUUUUGGUCAGCCUCAGAAGAUGGGACCUGUAGACAGUUUGACCUACGAGAUCCUGAUCAGACUUCUGUAAAUAAACCAUGUAAUGUAUUAGUCAAUUUACGAUUUCAAGAUAACGUUUUUGCCGAAGCUAAGUGUAUUGCAGUAAAUCCAUUAAAGUCUGAAUUGGUUGCUAUCGGUGGGAAUGAACCAUUUGUACGAAUGUUUGAUCGGCGUAAAUUAACUCUUUCUACGUAUGAUAGUGUUACACCACAGGAGAGAAUACAAGCUACAUCAAGGAGAACCCCUAUAAACAUUCCAUCAAGCUCGCUGCCUUCAUUUCCCUAUGGUGCAGCUAAAUAUUUUGUUCCAUAUAAAGAACUAGGAUUUUACCUCAAUUUCUUCACCUCAUGAAAAAAAUAGCAUUAUGCCAGGACGAAGUAACUGUCCGUUGCUUCAUGGUUUAAAAUGGUUUUUUCAACUGAUAUGAGUCUUGAAUAAAAACUUUAUACUGAAGAAUCUCGGCCAACCCCGUUACUGAAUGAUCAUCACGGGAUCACUAAGGAUUAACUCCAAAAAGAAUUCCCAGUGUAUUAGAGCAAAGCUGUAACUCGUGUUUCUCAACCAUUGUUGAUUGGCUGAAGAUUAAAAUGUGGACUAUUGGCUCCUGACUCGGCAGCUCUAUAGUAUUCUCGCGGGGAGUUAAAAAGGUCCUGAAGGCUAUCCCUAGCGGAUCCGUAGCAUUACAGUACAGAAUAGUGUCAAACAAAUAAGAAACAGCUGUACAAUAGCCAGUCCGUUUUCAUUGAAUACGCUCAUCUACCUGGUAAAAUAUUAACUGAUGGUUUAGACAAUCAAACUUUCAGUGUAACAUCAGUCAGUUUUAGUUCAGAUGGUGAAGAGCUAUUAGCUAAUGUUGGACGUGAUAAUAUUUAUCUAUUUCAUUUAGCUUCACAAAAUGAACCAUUUCAAUGUCAAUCAUCGUUUAAAUCAACUAAAUUAUUGUAUAGUUUAUCUGCAACGCAACCAAGGGAUAGGUUUUGUUCUUUUCGUAUUCCUACCUGUUUUCGUCCUUCAAAUAUGGGAUAUUAUGAUUCUUAUUCGGGUUCAACUUACGAUUACCGUUGUAAUCCUUCUAUGGCUUCUGAUUACUCAGUCGUACUGGCUUCACGAUUAAUUGAAGCCAAGGCAUAUGCUGUUGCAGUUCAUAAGUAUAAUAAACUUAUUCCACAGUAUCCUUUCUGUCCUCAACUGUAUACAGGUCGCGCUACUGCUUUAAUUAAAAGAAAUUGGAAUGGCGAUAUUUAUAAUGCGCUAUUGGAUUGCCGAAAUGCUAUCCAACUGACUACUCAAAGCAACAAUGAUUCUGUCAGCAUCCAAAAUAACGAUACCAUUAAUAAACAUCAAUUGUUAAGCAGUUCCGUUUACCUUACAGCUCUAUUACUUUCAGUCCGAUGUUUAUUAUGUUUGGAUUGGUUAAAUGCUGCUCGUAUUCAGCUCAAACAAGCACUGGACAGCUUUCCCAAUCUCUUCAAAACUAUUACGGAUCAAAAGAUUUCGGAUAAAGCGCUUAUUACACCUACUGUCAUCGCUUCUUCUUCUUCUUCGUCAUCUGCUAGCGCACCAACAAUCAAUACCACUGAUACAAAUCCGUCCAAGUAUAUUUGCAAAUCAGAUAACCUGGUUAAAGUGUUCGAACAUUUAAAGUCUACAUUGUUGGCGAGAGAAAAACAAUUAGAAUCACAAUCUAAGAAGUCGAAAAGAAAAGGAAAGCAAGUUAGUGAAAAAAAAACAUCAUUACAUGAUAAUUAUGAUAACAACGAUACCAAUGAUGAUAAUGAUGAUGACGACAAUGAUGCCAAAGGAUCUACAAUACCAAGACCAGAAACUUUAUCUUUCUUGAAAUGCGAUAACAUAUGUGAACAAAUAUCUUCAGAAUCUUGGCAUCAUCCCAGUCUUGACAAUCAAAUAAAUCCAAGACUAUGUGCUUGUUUAAACUGCUCAUGUAAUCGAAUGUGGAUAGAAGAGGAUGAAAGAGAAAGGCGAAAAAAUGCCAUCGACUUUUCAGCAUCUUAUAUUGGUCAUUGCAAUUCAAUAACAGAUAUUAAAGAAGCAAAUUUCUUUGGGAGCUAUGGGCAAUAUAUUGUCGGUGGGUCUGAUUGUGGUGCAUUUUUUAUAUGGGAUCGUAAUACAACUAAUAUAAUGCGUAUAUUGAAAGCUGACAGUUCUACUGUGAACUGUGUUCAACCUCAUCCGUCUAUUUGUUUGUUGGCAAGUUCCGGAAUUGACUCUGUUGUAAGACUAUGGUCACCGAAUUGUGAAGAAGACCCUGAUCAAUCACGAGCUGUUAGAGAUCAAGUUGGAACAGCUGAACGGAAUCAACAACGUUCUAACGCUGAUCCUCUGGAAAUAAUGUUGUUAAAUAUGGGUUAUAAUUUUCGUGGUCUUGAUUUUGAUUCUAAUAGAGCUAGAAGAUCGAGAAAUCGCGAUUGUACUGAUGAACGGAAUAACGAAGAAGAGAAUGAAUCCAGUGAUGAUGACGAUGAUGAUCAUAAUAAUAACCAUGACAACAUCAAUUUCGAAAGAGAUUCUUAUUCUGCACUGCAACGUUCUGGAAACGAAACGCAUACUAAUGCCAAUCAUCCUGCUAGAAGUCUUGACGACACAUUGCACAGUGAAUCUGUUCUGAAUAACGUGAAUUUAGUGAAUGAAAGCAUUGAAGGAGUUGGUCAAACUGAUAGUCAAAAACGUACUGGGAAUGAAUCCAUUGAUUUGUCUUGUCAGUUAGGUUGUUCUCAAGCACCUAAGCAAAAACGAACAAAAACAGGAAGUUUAACUGAUGAAGAAACCUCUUUUCAACCAUCAGUCGCUGCUAUCAUAUUCAAUAGUGAUUUGAGUUCUGAUGAUGAUGAGCCUAAUGCUACUUCAGUAAAGAAGAAUACACAAUGUAGAUGUAAUCGUUCACGUCGAAUACAGUCUAGUCAUAGUCGACAUAUAAGACAUAUUCGUACACGAAGAAUACCAAUUAGUGCCACUUUUUCUGAUUCCGACGUUGUAACUACUCCAUGGUUAAUUGAUUUUUUCCCUAUUGAAGUUCAUUCAAUCAAUUCACAGUCAACAGUAAAUGAAACAUAUGGUGAGCGAGAAGAGCCAGGACAAGAGGAACGAAGAAAUACUUAUCGAGAGGAUGAUGAUAGAGACGAUGAUAACAGUAUAUCAGAAGUCUCUUGCACUGUCAGUUGAAUAACUUCUCUCCCCCACAUCCAUCUUCAUCCACGAUGUAUUCCAAAUAACGAUUGUUAAAAGAAAACAAUAUAUUGUGUUUUGCUGGCAUACUUUGAUGAUAAUUCCGCUAACUAAAUUCAUUAUUACCUAAUUUUGCUACUUUUUCUGUGUUGCUGAUCUCUAUUGCUUUGUGUUAUUGUUCUUUUUUUAUGUUUUUGUUCAUUGUGUCCACUUAUAGAGUCUUUUAUUAAAUUUGAUAUAGUCAAAUUACGAUUCUUUUGUUCAUUGAGAAUUGUAUGACAUGGUGGUUAACUUAAUUGGUUGUACAUGUGUACUUAUUUGUUUUAGUAACUGGAAUUAACUGUAAACUACCACCUCUUAUUUCAUUUAAUUCAUAUUAAAAACAGACUGUUGUUCAGUUUUGUAAGUGUAAGAAAUACUUUUAAGCUAACGAUAAUAAUAAACUUAAUAAUUUGUGGAAUUUGUUUUGCAUGAACUUUUUAUCAAAUAUUUGUUAAUAUAAAGUCAACUUUUUGAAAAUGGUUUAAAUAUGUUCGUUAUUUACCAUUAUUAUUGUUAUUGUCAUUCAUAUGAAUACUAGUACCACUCCUGAGUAAUAUACCAAAACACGCAAUUGUUUCGAUCUUAUAAGAAAGUCUGGAAGUAAUUUAGCACUAAUUCUUAACUACUUUAAAUCUUAGUGAUUGACUUGUUGAAUACCAGGAUGAAAUAGUCUUUUAGGAUAGUGAUGAUGGUAACGAGAUAAACUAUUUUUCAGUUUGUUAAUUGAUAUUUUGUCCACCGAUCCGUCAUCGAAUGGAGUAAAUAUAGUUUUGUAUAAUGUACUAAAUAAUUAACUACUUAUCAGUUUAUUUAUUGAGAUGAAAUCACCAGAGAAAAUAUAUUUGUUAUAAAAUAUAGGAAAGAUCAUUGAUCACUGUACGUGUUAACUUUUGUGAGACGUACGCUACUUGAUAAUUCUAAUCGCUCCUUAACGUUGGGUCGAAUUUUUUGCAACUGAUCUCAGAUUUGACAUUGGGUCAUUAACAGGUAUACCUUAUGACACCGCUGUCUGAACUACUGUAGUAACAAAUGAC